AAAUAGAUGAGUUAGAGAAAAUUGUUCAGAUACUACAUCGAUCAAAGCAUUCAACAGUAAAAUGAAUAGAAGUUGUUUCUGACAAGAGUCAACAGAUGGAGAUUCAACACUUUGGACAAAUCAAAUUGUAUAAAAUAUUUUAUGAACUUAAUUAGUUUUGAAAUCCACUAGACCUAUCAAACCCAUACUAUUUGGUUUAGCUUGUUUGGCAGUUUAUGGUAUUGUACAUCUCUAUAAGUAGAUUGGACAUACGGCUUUUAUCGUAUUGAUGAACAUCAUUGAUUUAUUAUUAACAAUAAAUAUAUAAUU